ACUGAGAGUUGGUUUACGAAAACCAAUAAAAUAAAAUCGGAACGGACCAUCAAUUAGGGAUUUUCCCAUCUCUCUCGGUGAUUCUUGAUUACGCUCGCCGGAUCCUCGCCGCCCGUUGAAAAUCUCUCCCAGCUAAAGGGACAACUCUUGUGUUUAUCAUGACGAGCCUGCUAUGGUUAACGGCAGAAGAAGCUGCAAAGAACAGAGGUAAAGUUCUUUCCUUGUACCGCCAGUUACUAAGGAGCGUGAACUCACCGAAACUGCAGCUUAGUUACGCUUCAAGACUCGCCAAGAAAGCUGAGAUUAAGACCAUCUUCUUGUUUGGCUCCGAAGAGGUUUCCAAACACAACGUUGCCGAUCUCAUCCGUACCGGUGAAUAUGCUCUUUCCCAGUUGAAACAAGGCAAAAUCCCAAACAACACUACUCAGUAUUGAGCCAUGUAGUUGCUUCCAUUUGCAUUUCUUCAUGCAUUCACAAACGGUGUGACGCUCUUUUUGUUUUUUUGAAAACAUACAUUGAAUCAGCUUUUACUGUAGAACGUUUUGGUUCAAUACAAUUUGAAUAAACAAGUGAUUACUUGUAA